CUAAUUAAGGACAGAGCACUUCAGAUUUAAUCUGUAGCAUCAGCAUCAUCAGGUCUGCAGCCAAGGCACCAUGAAGACUCUGAGCAUCACGGUGGGACUGCUGCUCGUGCUGCUCGCUGUUCACUGCUGCGACGCCUCACCCUCGGGGAUGGGUUUAGUGCCGCCGGAUCAUUGCUGUUUCAAAUUCUUUGACAAAAGGAUCCCGAAGCCGCACGUCCUCUCCAUCAAAAAAACUCACAGCAAAUGUUUGUCAGAGGCAUUUGUGAUCAAGACACCCAGAGGGGAUUACUGUGUGCGACAGUCUGAGGAGUGGGCAAUGGAAGAAUUUGUCAAACGCCACAAUUAACACCCGAGGAAUCCACCGUGACCUCUGACCCAACGCAUCCGUCGCUCUCUGUAAACCAGAAGUGUCGCUGAAGUUUUUACCUCUUCAUACUUCAGUUUACCUGUUUAGUCCUGUCACUGAUGUAAGAGCACAAAUUUAGAUCGCUUUGCUUUUUUUUUUUUUUAAUUUAAUAUUUUUUUGCUCAUCAGAAAAAAAAAAUCACUAUAUCGGCUUCAUAAUUUCCUGCUACAGUUCAAUAAGUCCUCCUGAUGCAGUCUCAUGUUUCUGUGUUCGAGUCCUCACCAUCAUAAAAAAUGGCGGGCACAGAAAUGUCACCAUCUGAUCCAGGCCGGUCUGAGCGCACUCUCAUAAUUUAAUACCCCCUAAAACCAGGUGAUCCCAACAUGAUGUGAAAAUGUCCUAAAGAACCUGAUGAUGAUGAUGACUGUGGAGGAAAGUCCACAACAGUCAGCACCUCCAGGCGUUCUUUGUGCUUCGAGCAGUUCCUCAAAGCUUCGAGGUUUGUUUUCAGCCUCGUUAUCCUGCUGCAGUCUGAAUUCAGUAUGUUGGAGAACAUCUCUGAAGAACGGAGAGCUGCUUCCUCUCAGUCAGGGUGCAGCUCAGUCAGCUCAGGUGUUCAUCUCCAGAUCAGGAAAACACGUCUCUGAGGGUUGAUCCACUGUGGUCUCACUCGCUGCUAUUCAUCUGAUUACAGCCUUAUUUCCCAGCAUUAAUCUCCAACUGUGACCAUUAAAAUUAAUUUAAGUUUUUUUGAUUCGUCAGACUUUCAGAUUAUUUCCAGGUUUGGAUGAAAUUAGUGCCCAUAGUAGACGUGUUUUCAGACUUCUGGAUCCAGCUGUAUAUAUAACAUGUAUCAAAUAAUUUUAUCAUUUGCUUUCACUGUGCUGUGUAGCUACAAUGUAUCCAAAGCAUUUAUAUAUCACUCUG